GCGUUGAUUGUCGAACAGCAACGUCAGUGAUAGCGCUCUAGCAUCACGUGCAUGGCAGAUGACUUCGCUGACGGCGCUCAUCAAAGAGGCGGUGCGAGCACGAUCAUCACUUCACUAUGUACCCGGACAGGCAGCCUUGCAAGAAAGAGCAGGGCAAACAAGUAGACCAAGCUCGGCAGAUUUCUGGUUACCGAGAUUGCCCGGUCAGCCUGCAGAUCUCGACUUGCGACUGUACGCCGGCCAUCUGAAUGCAUACCCAUCCAGUGAUCUCACGACCGAUGCCAAGCUGUUCUUCUUGCUCGCAAAGGCAGCCCAUCCUCCAGCUCAGCAACGCUUGAUAGUCUGGUUUCAAGGCGGCCCAGGCUGCUCGAGCAUGGAUGGAGCGCUUAUGGAGAUCGGACCUGUGCGGAUAGCGAGCAAUAACACUCUCGUAGCUUCACCAUCGUCUGCGUCGGAGUACGCGACUGUCCUGUUCGUAGAUCAGCCGGCAGGCACGGGCUUUUCCUACAUCAACGCCGGCGAGCCAGCGACGGAGCUCACGGCUGCAGCCAACAGAAUUGUCGACUUCCUGGUUGAGUUCUAUGUCGUCUUUCCCGAACUUGCUCAAGUCGACUUGUACCUCGCCGGCGAGUCAUUCGCAGGCGUCUACAUACCCCAUUUCGCCAGAGCUAUCAAGCGCUCGACCCUCAUAACGGCGCCGCUUCGAGGCAUGAUCAUCGGCAACGGAUGGCUCGAUCCUCGUGUACAAUAUGAAGCCUACUGGGAUCAAGCUGUUGCAGCCAACUUGAUGCAGAACAGAAAAGCCAGAGACAAGGCGAGCAGCGCAAUGCAACGAUGUCGCAACCUGCUCUACUCGGACGAUCCAGAUCAGAUUGCCAAGGGCGUCAUCGUUAUUCAAGAGUGCGAGGAUGCGCUCAAUGCAAUCUUGUCAGCAGCGACAAAGACCGUCGACGGCCAGAGGCUUUGCGUCAAUGUGUACAAUACAUUAGAAUGGCAACAAUGCGGCGCAGACUAUCCGCCCGAAGUGGCCUGGCUCACGCCUUACUUACAGUCCAGUAAUGUCAUCUCGCGGCUCCAUGCAUCCUCCAAGAGUCUACCUUGGACACAAUGCAACGAUACUGUCACCGACCAGUUCUGGGCGCCCAGCUCGAGUCCCUCUGUCGAGCUUCUGCCGGAGUUGCUAGAUGACGUCGCACUGUUGCUUUACGCGGGCGAGAAUGACUUUAUGUGUGGCGCGCUAGGCCUAGAACGGACGAUCGGCAAUCUGACAUAUCAGGGAGCUCGCGGCUUUGCUGGACAGAAUGCAAGCGAUUGGUACGUUAACGACACCUACGUUGGCCGGUGGACGGAGAGAGACCAUCUCACGUUUGCACUCAUCUCGAACGCGUCACACAUGGCAGCUCGCGAGCGUCCGAUGGCUAUCAAUGACAUGCUCCAGCGCUUUCUCAACAUCUCACUCCUAGCCGCAGCAGGCUUUACAGCUACGCAUCACGCGAGCUCAGUGGGCAAUCAAACUGCUCGCAAGCUUGGUCUCACUCGUCCAAAUGGGACCAGCUGGUCAGAGCCCACGAAGCAAGAUGACAAAGGCUUUGGAUUCGGGGACGAGUUGGACAAUGCCACUGGACUCGUCAAGGACAGAGAGCGCUACUACGGCCCCAGACGAUCCGCUGCGCUUGUCAUCGCAGUACUCGUGCUCGGUACAGCGAUCUAUUUUGGCGUUCGCGCAUUGGCCGUCAAGGGGCAUACAAAGAAGCAACACUCUCGCAGCACAAGUGCGGCGUCAACUGUACGCUCAGCACGCUCUCGAACGACCACCGUGCAAUCCCUCAACGAGGCCGAAGAAGGCGCAGCUCUGUUGCCAGUGCGGGAUGCUUCACCGUCAAAAGUCAGCCGAGUAUGAUGUCCCAACAUUAUGCAUCUUGCGUUCGACUUUACAAAUGCGGCAU